AUGCUCGCCUCACGGUUCUCCAGAGCUCUGCCCCGAGCUACCUCGGCGGCUGCUCGCUCCAGCGUUCUGCGCAAGAACGCUGUGCCAGCCUUUGCCCGAUUCCAGUCUACAGAUGAGAAGGUCAAGGGUUCAGUGAUUGGUAUCGAUCUGGGUACCACCAACUCAGCCGUUGCCAUCAUGGAGGGCAAGGUCCCCAAGAUUAUCGAGAACUCAGAAGGUGCCAGGACAACCCCGUCAGUAGUAGCAUUCGCCGAGGACGGUGAGCGUCUGGUCGGUGUCGCCGCCAAGCGCCAGGCCGUUGUCAACCCCGAGAACACCCUCUUUGCCACCAAGCGAUUGAUCGGUCGCAAGUUCACCGAUCCCGAGGUCCAGAGAGAUAUCAAGGAGGUCCCUUACAAGAUCGUCCAGCACACCAACGGCGAUGCCUGGGUUGAGGCUCGCGGCCAGAAGUACUCUCCGUCACAGAUCGGUGGUUUCGUCCUAAACAAGAUGAAGGAGACUGCCGAGGCUUACCUGAGCAAACCCGUCAAGAACGCCGUCGUCACCGUCCCUGCCUACUUCAACGACUCGCAGCGUCAGGCCACCAAGGAUGCUGGUCAGAUUUCUGGUCUGAACGUCCUGCGAGUGGUCAACGAGCCUACCGCUGCUGCUCUCGCCUACGGUCUCGAGAAGGAGGCUGACCGUGUUGUCGCUGUCUACGAUCUCGGUGGUGGUACCUUCGAUAUCUCCGUUCUGGAGAUUCAGAACGGCGUGUUCGAGGUCAAGUCUACCAACGGUGACACCCACUUGGGAGGUGAGGAUUUCGAUAUCCACCUAGUCCGCCACAUGGUCCAAGACUUCAAGAAGACCUCCGGCCUUGAUCUGUCUGGCGACCGCAUGGCUAUUCAGAGAAUCCGAGAGGCUGCUGAGAAGGCCAAGAUUGAGCUGUCAUCCUCUCUCCAGACUGACAUCAACCUGCCCUUCAUUACUGCCGAUGCCUCUGGGCCCAAGCACAUCAACCUCAAGUUGACCCGUGCACAGCUUGAGAAGAUGGUCGACCCUCUCAUCACCAAGACCAUUGAGCCCGUCCGCAAGGCCCUCAAGGAUGCCAACCUCCAGGCCAAGGACAUCCAGGAGGUUAUCCUCGUUGGUGGUAUGACCCGUAUGCCCAAGGUUGCCGAGUCCGUCAAGAGCAUCUUCGGCCGUGACCCCGCUAAGUCUGUCAACCCCGAUGAGGCUGUCGCCAUUGGUGCUGCUAUCCAGGGUGCUGUCCUGUCUGGUGAGGUCAAGGAUCUCCUCCUUCUUGACGUUACCCCGCUAUCGCUCGGUAUCGAGACGCUCGGCGGUGUCUUCACUCGUCUGAUCAACCGUAACACCACCAUUCCCACCAAGAAGUCCCAGGUGUUCUCCACCGCUGCCGACUUCCAGACUGCUGUCGAGAUCAAGGUUUACCAGGGUGAGCGUGAGCUCGUCAAGGACAACAAGCUGCUAGGUAACUUCCAGCUGGUUGGUAUCCCCCCUGCUCACCGUGGCGUUCCUCAAAUCGAGGUCACCUUCGAUAUCGAUGCCGACUCCAUCGUCCAUGUCCACGCUAAGGACAAGUCCACCAACAAGGACCAGUCUAUCACCAUUGCUUCCGGAUCCGGUCUUUCCGACUCUGAGAUCGAGCAGAUGGUCGAGGAUUCCGAGAAGUAUGCUGAGCAAGACAAGGAGAGGAAGUCUGCCAUUGAGUCUGCCAACAGGGCUGACAGCGUACUCAACGAUACCGAGAAGGCUCUGAACGAGUUUGCCGACCGCCUAGACAAGACCGAGGCUGAUCAGAUCAAGGAGAAGAUCGCUUCUCUUCGCGAGUUCGUCUCCAAGAGCCAGGCUGGUGAGGGUACCGCCACCGCCGCCGAGAUCAAGGAGAAGACCGAUGAGCUCCAGGUUGCCAGCUUGAACCUCUUCGACAAGAUGCACAAGGCCCGCGCUGAGUCUGGCGAGAGCCAGUCCUCUACCUCCGAGGGCGCGGCUGAGGGCGAGAAGAAGGACGAGACCAAAUAA